ACAAGUACAACUGUGACAUCGACAUACAGGGUGGAAUGCAAAUAUGGUGGAACGUCGAUCCAGUUCGUGGUGGAUGCAGGGUCGAACCCAAACUAUUUUGCAGCUUUGAUCGAAUACCAAAAUGGAGAUGGAGUUCUUGGUUCAGUGGAGUUGAAACAAGCGCAGGGCUCGGGUUCAUGGAUUCCCAUGAAGCAGUCAUGGGGUGCAGUUUGGAAGCUGGACUAUGGCUCCGCCCUUAAGGCUCCCUUCUCUUUCAGGCUCACUGCCCUGGAAUCCAGGAAAGCCGUGGUGGCUAACAACGUGAUUCCGGCAGGGUGGCAGCCGGGGAAGACUUAUAGAUCAGUG